CGACUUGGUAAAUUCCAUUCCCUGUUUCGUUCGAGGUGUUUUCAAAUUCGAAUACCUUUCGUUCGGACUGUUUUGUUUUCGAACAUCUUUCAUUCGAAUCAAACCAAACGUCAAACCCACUUUGUUUAUGAAGGAGUGAAUAAUUUCCGCAGCGGAUGAGCGGUGAACUGCAAAAAUGGAAAAAAACAAAAACAAAACAACCACUAAAAAUCAGUUCGAGCGGAUUGUGCUGCUUCUGGAGCAAGAGCCGGACAUAGCAAAGGGUUUCUCCCGAGGAAAUUCCGGACCCUUCUGGGAUGAUCUGGCGGCAGAAGUCAAUAGUUUGGGACCGCCUAUUCGCGAUGGAAGUGGAUGGAAAAAGGUUUGGGCGGACUAUAAGUCCGGAUUAAAGCGAAAACUCGCUCACAACAAACGGGAGCAGAGGGCGACAGGUGGAGGACCCAAUAAAAUUAUCAAUUUGUCCGAGCUGGAGGAGCAGGCAGUUCUACUAACUGGGUUACUUGCGACCGUGGAAGGAAUCCCGGGUACCUCAUCUCAUGGAAAAGAGUUGGGUUCGCCUUCGGGUGAACCUCAAGCUGCAGACCAGGAAAAUUUUAUAUAUUAUGGUACUUCCGACGAGUGUGACGGUAUCAAUAAUACCAUUCACUUCCAGCCCUCUCAGCCGAAAAAAUCCAGACCUUCUACCACGAGGCUAUUAGAGCUGCAAGUCGAGCAACAAAACAAAUUUCACACCAAUGUGAAAUCCCUGUUAAAAAACACAAACAAGAAUUUGAGUGAUCUGGUUCAUUAUCAGCGCCAAUCAGCUCGAGCGAUUCUUUCCGUGGAUGCCACACUCAAAGAACAUCUGAGUGAACAAAAACGACAUAACCACGAGAUGGAGAAGAUCGCGCUGGAGAAAUCAAUAGCGACAAAUCCUUGAAACGCAGAUUGCGUAUAUUUCAGAACAUUAGAAUAAUGUUUCAAAAUAUCAGUGAUCUGAUUUUUUAUCUUUAUAUUGUAACUCAAGUAUAAAAAAAUGAAAAAAGUUCUAAUCGUAUUUUUAUAUCUUUCCAUGGAAGAAAAAUCUUACUUAAUUUUUUCUUUGAAGUUUGUUUGGAAUAGCAUCAAAAUUAUAUAAACUUUUUUAAAAUUCACGAAUUUCGCCUAUAGUUUAUGGAACUUCCUUAACCCCUUCACGUACAACAUUGAACUUCACUCGUUGUUUCUCGAUGUGAAAUAAUUACAUAGCUUCAGGCAUAUGAUGAGGAUACCGACAACUGAAGAUUAUCAAAUUUCCGUUAUUUAAAAAAAAAAUUGAAUGAGCUAAAAAUAUAAAAUAUAAUUUGAAUAUUAUAAUUAAAAUAAAAACGAACGAGUUAGUACGUAGUAAUAACUCCUUCGUUUUUAUUUUAAACACAACAUGUAUUUGCUCAUCAUAGGGCACCCAUGUUAGAUACCCACACUCAGCAGAGUAGCGGAACGACUCGAAGUGCUCGUUUUGGGCCGUGCUGUUGGAAAUUAAAUCGUACAGCAAGGGGUUAAAACAACGCAAAAAGUAUUAACAAUGGUUAUUUGAAUACUUGGCCUGCUUACGAGAAAUCGAUAAUGACAUGUUCUCAAAGUGUUGGCAGGAAUAAGAGUAAAUAAUUCUGCCGAAACCAUAGUUAAGUAAGGAAGACACUUCCUUUUCCGGUGGUUGUUAUUUAUUUGAGCAUUUGCAAACAAGUUAGAUGAAAUUUAACAGUCAUAAAUAUUAAUUUAAACA